AUGGGAGGGCUUAAACAAGGAGAAGCAAACAAAUCUGGUGUGACGGAAUUCAUCCUCCUUGGCUUCUCUGGCUCUCCAUGUUUUCAGCUGUUCAUCUUCAUCCUCUUUUUUAUCAUGUACAGCCUAACCAUUUUGGGAAAUUUCUCUAUCAUCCUUCUGAUCAUAACCCAUUAUUGCUUCCACGUUCCCAUGUAUUUCUUCCUCUGCAAUCUCUCCUUCCUAGAGAUAUGGUACACCACGGCCUCUAUCCCCAAAAUUCUUGCCAUAUUUCUGGGGAGGAGCAGAAGUGUCUCUUUCAUGGGCUGCAUGCUGCAGAUGUACUUCAUUUUUUCCUUUGGAUGCACAGAACAUUUCCUGAUAGCAGUCAUGGCAUACAACCAAUAUCUGGCCAUCUGCUACCCUCUUCAUUACAGCACCUUCAUGGAUGUCAGCCUCUGUAGCAAACUGGCACUGGCCUGUUGGUUGGGUGGAUUGCUCAUCAUCUUCAUACCAGCAUACAUGAUCACAAGAUUGUCCUUCUGUGGGCACAAUGUGAUUAACAAUUUCUAUUGCAACAUGAAUUCCUGGAUAGCCCUCUCCUGCACUGACACCCAUUUCCUCGAGAUAACAGCUUUUUUCAUAGCUAUCAUUGUCAUUGUGGGUUCAUGUGUGAUAACCCUCCUUUCCUAUGUGUACAUUGUCUCCACAAUCUUACACAUCCCCUCCAAAAAGGGUCAACAAAAGGCCUUUUCCACAUGUUCCUUCCAUCUUGCUGUUGUUAUUAUUUGGUAUGGAUCCACCAUCUUCCUUUUUGUCAAGACUUUCAGACAGACAUCUUUCGAAAGAUCCAAAGUUGUAAGCAUCUUCAACCUAAUUGUGGUGCCGCUGCUGAAUCCUUUCAUCUAUACCCUAAGAAACAAGGAGGUGAGGGAGGUAUUGAGGAAUGCCUUGCACAAGUGA